AUCUGGGCCAACGAACCUAUACCCGCAGUGAACCACACUUCUAGUGCAUGCUAUCCUAGCGAGUUCCUUAAAGCAUAUCAAUCAGUUCCAUCCGGUAUUGUUGGUUCAUCCGUGGUGCCUGCUAUGAGCCCUUUGGUUUGCCCAUCAAAUUUCUGCACAAUGUUCGCGGGCGAUGAUAAUUAUGUUGCAUGCUGUCCGUCGGGCUUUCAAUUCCACCGCCCAGAUGUGACGGUUGACCCAAAACGACCUGGAUAUGGCGGUACGUGCUACAGUGACUUCACUGUGAGCUCAACCUACGCUGUUACGGCUUAUAAUGUGAGCGGGGCAACGAAUCUUGCUAUAUGGACGGCAAGUACUUCAGGGGCUCAAGCUUAUGCUCAUCCCAUCGACGGAUUCGCAGCUACCACUCCAAGUCUAGGUUGCCCUACACCACAGGCAGUUUCACAAAGACCAUCCCGUGCGACUGUUGCGGGUGCA